UGUCCUCUUAUGAUCUGUCCACGUUGAUGCUUUUGCAAUCGCAGAAGUGGCGUGAGUCUUAUACUCUUGUCUCCCCUUGACAUUUUGAUGGGGCGAACAGAAGCAGUAGCCACGUGUACCGCAUCUUUGCAGACAUCCCAAAUGACGUUAGGCGGAUACAUCAUACAUGGUACCUGUGCGAGGAAUCUAGGGCCGUUUCAAAACACGUGGGAGGCUUGGUUUUAGAUUGGAAAACCGCAGAUAUACCACUGACAUUUCCUUCAGUGUUUGUAAGAUAGCGAUUCCCCCUAAACGAAUGGUUGAGCGAGCUGCCUUUCGUUCUUACCAUCACUAGUUGAGAUGUUGUAGACACCUGCCCACGAAAACACGGAACUGCGUGUUAUGAGGACAGCGCCGCUAUUCAAAGCGAACACCGCACAAGCUACCGUUAAACACGUAGAUUUUGAAACGCGCCGUAUGACGAAGUGGCUUCAAUGACAGCUAAUAAAAAAAACCUGAGGCGGUGCGUGAUGUAAUUAAGGCAUUUUAUCCAGCGGUCCGUAUCGUGUUCCACAGGAAUAAGACAGGGGUACCUUUUUCAAAGCACCGCUGGGUUCUUGGAACGUGCGAUCACCUGUUACACCUCUCCAACGAUCCAAACCGUGCGGCGCAAUGGGCAAAUCAGUAUCCAAGAAAAAGAAACAGCAAGAAAGGCCUGAGGAGAAGUUGACGUUCCAGCAAGAGCUCCUACAACUCAUCAACGAGUACAGAACCAAGCACGGGGCGCGGCCCUUAAAAAUGGAUGCCGGGAUGUGUAGACAAGCCUACAGGUACUGCAGAACGAUGGCGAUGGACGAGACACGCCACAGUAAGGAGUGGGAGGAGGGGAAGUUCGGAGAGUCCGUUCUGAUGAACAGGAAAGACAUCACUGCUCGCCAGGUGGCAGACAUGUGGUACAAUGAGUCCAAGGAUUAUAUAUACGGCGGCGAUGAGACGCAGAACACUACAGAGAAUUUCACCCAGAUGGUCUGGAAGAGUUCCCAGCAGUUCGGGGCGGCCAAGUACCUGGCCGAGAGCGGGAAGUAUUACGUCACAGCCCGGUACUCGCCCAGGGGGAACUGUCAAGAGGACGGCGGCUUUACCGACAACGUGCUGCCGGCGACGGGAUAGGCUCAUGCUGUAGAUACGUAAUCCCCAAUCCGGCGGGGCCCGGCCGGGCAGUUUGAGACUAUCUAGAGCCGUGCCUGAUCCUAGCCCUAGCCCAUUCUGGCAUAGAACUAGAUAGGGACGUUUCUGGACACGAUAGUAACCACACAUCCAGGGUUAGACACUCCUAAGUUGCUUGUACCCUGGUAUCAAGGACAUAAUGUCCUUGCUGGUAUCUAGCCAAGUUGACACUUUAGAUGAAUAAGUAUUAACAGUGUAUUAAGACAGAGAAAUAGGUCCUCGGUACAAAGAACAAAAUAUCAACCCGGAAGUAUUUUGUGA